AUGUCUUCUUCACCUUCCCCUGCGGCGGUCACUGAAAUAUGGAAUCAUCUUCGAAUUCGAGUCGACAAUACGUACGACUAUGGAUGGGUGAGCGGCAGGGAAAACAAUUUCAACGCAAAUUUCACAUUGCAGUUAAUUCUUCUGCUUGUCAGUUUCGGAAUAUUUGCCGCAUUGGUCGCCUCGGGCGCAUGGUGCAUUUAUGCGGCGCGAAAGAUCAAAGAAGAGUCGAGUGUGUACCACUUUGAGAGCGAAUUCAAGCCGGACGACGAGAAAUCGUCGAGAAGAUCGAAAAGAUCGAAUGCUGGAUCGGAUUGCGAGGCGAUUGAGAUGGAAACGGAAACAGAAACGAAGAGUGACUCGAGAGCAAACAGUUAUUUUCAAUUGGUGGGGAAAACAGAGUGAUUUGAAUAGAUUUUGAAUGAUUUCAGCUCGCCAGAAGCUUCGUCUAG